AUGCCCUUGCCAGUCAUCACAAGCUCGUCAGUCAUUUCCUUUUAUGCCCCCAAGGUGCCGUACCAGCAUCAGUCCCAGAAGAAACCCAGGCGCCGCUACAACCAGGCGUUAAAGCGCGCAAUGCAGUCGGAAAAGCUCCAGAGCUUUGAUGGCAGCGGCAAGUGGUUCAACCUCGACGGUGCCGGCAGGCCAGAAGAGAUCCCUGACACUGCUGCCUUGAAUGCCUUCAUGGUCAAGCUCCGCGAGGCCUAG